AUGCUUCUUCUGAAGAUUAAAUUACAAAGCACAGAAAAACGCAUGUCUCUUAGUGGAAUUUCAAUUAUUAGUGAAAAGAUUGAGCGAGAGAUCUUGGCACCACCUAACCAGCAGCUUACUCGAGCCUUGAUUCCAUCAGACCUAGGAAAGAAGGUCUUAGAUAUUUCCGUACAUGAAGUAGAUAAAAUGAUGAAUGAAAUGGAAAUAACUUUUCUGGUUGCAAGGAAUACCAGGCCUGAUUUCCUCUGCAAGAAAUACAAGAUGAACACGGAAAACUACAGCCAGUUGAACCAAGCCUUGCCUUAUACAAGUCCAUUAUUGUCAUUUCACAAGAAUAUAAAACUGAUUAAUUUGUCAGAAUUAAAUUAUCAAAGAUCAAGAUCUAGUUCACUUUUUAUUACAGUACCAUGUUUUAGUUGCUUCUCUUUUUCUUAUAUACCCAAGCUUUCCCAGAAAUAUGGCUCCAUUCACAGCAUCCAAAUGGGUCCAAAGAAGGUGGUGGUACUCUCUGGAUAUGAGACAGUGAACAAUGCCCUGGUCAAUUAUGGUGAUCAAUUUGGGGAACGAUCUCAAAUGCCUAUAUUUGAAAGACUUUUUGAAGGAAAAGGAAUUGUCUUCUCUCAUGCUGAAACCUGGAAAACUAUGAGAAGGUUCAGCUUGACCACCUUACGGAACUUUGGAAUGGGCAAGCGGCUCAUAGAAGAUAGGAUCAUAGAGGAAUGCCAGCAUCUCGUACGGAGUUUUGAGUCUCACGGAGGAAAGCCCUUUGAGGUCAAAACAGUAAUGAAUGCUUCUGUUGCUAAUGUCAUUGUGUCAGCGUUGCUUGGAAAAUGGUUUGAUUACCAAGACACCCAAUUCCUGAGACUCUUAACCUUGAUUGGUGAAAAUGUGAAGCUCACUGGAGGUCCUAGGAUUGCGCUUUUCAGUAUGUUUCCAGUUUGGGGGUUCCUCCUAAAAAGUCAUAAGACAGUACUCAGGAAUAGAGAUGAAUUAUUUGCUUUUAUAAGGAUGACUUUCCUAGAUCAUCAGCAUAAAUUUGACAAAAAUGAUCCAAGAAGCUUUACUGAUGCUUUUUUGGUCAGACAGCAGGAGGAAAAAGAUACAUCUACUGCCUAUUUCAGUAAUGAAAAUUUGGUGGCACUUGUUAGUAACCUGUUUGUGGCUGGUACAGAAACCAUGGCCUCCACGCUUUGCCGGGCACUUCUGCUCAUGAUGCAAUAUCCUGAGGUCCAGAAAAAUGUCUGUAAUGAGAUCACCAAAGUUGUGAGGUCAGCCCAGCCUCGAAUUGCACAUCGAACUCAAAUGCCGUACACAGAUGCUGUCAUUCACGAAGUACAGAGAUUUGCUGAUAUCCUGCCCUCAAGCUUACCUCAUGCAACAACCACAGACGUGAUGUUUAAAAAUUACUAUAUUCCCAAGGGCACCGAGGUCAUCACUUUGCUGACCUCUGUACUUCGGGACCAAACACAGUAGGAAAAGCCAGACACAUUUAAUCCUGAGCAUUUCCUGAGUUUCACUGGAAAGUUUAUCAAGAAAGAAGCUUUCAUGCCCUUUUCAGUGGGCCGCCGGAUGUGUGCUGGUGAGUCACUGGCCAAGAUAGAGCUUUUCCUGUUCUUCACCAGCCUCAUGCAGAAGUUUACCUUCCAGCCACCCCCCGGGGUCUCCCAUCUGGACCUGGACCUAACCCCGGACAUUGGCUUCACCACUCAACCAAUGCCUCACAAGGUACGUGCCCUGCUCCGGGCCUAG